CCACUCUCUCUCCUCCCCCAUUUCUCCCUUCGCUCCCACGUCUCCGCGUCGUCGCCUUUUUCACCUCACCACACCCCCUCCAAACCCUUCAAAUCUUCCCGAUCCCCCCAUCCCAAUCUCUUCCCCGAUCCCCUCCCCACCCUCUAUCCUCCGAUCUCCGAAAAGAUUUUGAUACUUGUGUAGAUUGAUCUCCAAUGUUAAGCGAGAAGAUGUCGUCCUCCUUUGACGAAGAGGAGGCGUUCGAGCACACGCUUCUGGUGGUGCGUGAGGUGUCGGUGUACAAGAUCCCGCCCCGCAGCACCAGCGGCGGGUAUAAGUGCGGCGAGUGGCUCCAGUCGGACAAGAUCUGGUCGGGGCGCCUCCGCGUGGUGUCGUGCGGUGAGCGGUGUGAGAUCCGCCUUGAGGACCCCAACUCUGGGGACCUCUUUGCCGCCUGCUUCGUCCUCCCUGGCCAGCGCGAAAACUCGGUCGAGACCGUGCUCGACUCGUCCCGAUACUUCGUGCUCAAGAUCGAGGAUGGCCAGGGCAAGCACGCCUUCAUCGGUCUAGGGUUUAAUGAGCGUAAUGAAGCGUUUGAUUUCAAUGUCGCGCUAUCUGACCAUGAAAAGUAUGUUAAGAGGGAGCAUGAGAAGGAGGUGGAGGGCGAGGAGAGCGAGGAGAGACAGAUUGAUAUCCAUCCUGCAGUGAACCAUAGAUUGAAGGAAGGAGAAACCAUCAGGAUAAAUGUGAAGAACAAGCCGACUAGCGGGAGCGGCAUGCUUUCGGUGGCUGGAAAGCAAAAGGGGUGUGGGCUUCUCGCACCACCUCCUGGUGGAGCCGGAAAGAUUAGGACUCCUCUCCCGCCCCCACCUAAUGACCCUGCAGUUGCCAGGAUGACUGCCGGACAAACUGCUGGACUGAAGCCUCCAAAAGAAUCUACAAGGCGCAGUGCCGAUCCCUUCUCUGAUCUUUCGGCUAUUGAGCGAAGCCUACCGAGUACGACCGGAUCAGGAACAGCGAAGAGUACAGCAUCUGGAUGGGCGGCGUUUUGAGGUCGCACUACUAUCUUAUUAUGUUCAUAAGCUUUGUUUGAGGGAACAAGACAGAUACCAAGCAUGCAACCAUGUCCUUUUUCCCUUCCCCCCUUUAAAAUCAGAUAGCGCAUUGCAGGAUUUGCAUCCUCACUCAUACUCUAAUAAAAUUUACAAUAAUAUGCUACCUUCUUCUUUUAUUUUUCUUUUUUUUCCUUUUUAUCCUGUAUGGGUUAGAAGCUCCAGAUUAAGAUGUAUAUGAGUUUGCUGUCACUCUCGAAUGCACGACCAUAUGGGCAAAAUUUCUUGUAUAUUUAUGUUGGAUCGACUUACCUCUUGAAUUUGACCCCGCUUUAUCCAAUUUGAUUUGCCUCUGAA